ACCACCGCAAUUGCAAAAAUGAUGAAAGUCACAUAAAUUUGAAGUCAAUUUCUGACUGAAUUCGACCCUAUUCCAUGACUGGCUACACGUCAUAGCCAUGUCUUCUGACAGUGACGCCGAUGAGUUUUAUGAUGCAGAAGAACAGACCCCUGCUCGCCUUGGGAGAUUGCAUGUCAGUCAUGUCAGUGGAGGUUCAGGAGAGAGUACCGAGCAGGAUCUGAGAGCUAUCGAAGAAGAAGAGAAAAGAUUGUUUGAACUUAAGAAAUCAGCUGCAGAAAAACGGCAAAAAGAAGAUGAGGAAAUUCAAAGACGAAUGGAAGAACUGGAAGAAAAAAAGAAGAUAGAAGCAGAGAGGAGAGCUGCGGGACUUGAACAAAGAAGGAAAAAGCUGGAGGAGAUGCGUAUGGCUAUUGCGGAAGAGAAUACGCCACAGCGUCAACAGGAAACAGUACUUCUAUCAGAGAGCCAUGAAAAUACAGAAGAAACAGAUGAUGUUGUUGUCAGUGAAAGUGUUCCAUCUGUGACAGUUACUGGCAGUGGCCGUGGUGGAGAUGAUGCAUUGAGAGUUCGGCUCGAGUUCGAGGAAGAUCCACGAAUGGAGGAGGCGGACCUGGAUGCGAAUCGUGGAGAUAAUCAGAGCUGUGAUAGGGAGAAUAUUGAAAACGAACAACGACUUAAUAAUGAACGUUUAGACGGUGCAUCAGCACCUGCUGUGGAAGCUGCAAAACCGAAUGUUCCGUCUGUAGUCUCUAACGUAUGUGAACCAGAGCCCGACAUAAUACAGAGCACAAAACGUCCAAUAGAUUUACCUGUGGCGGCUCCCAGAGUAAAUCCUGCUGAUGUAGCAUCUCCGCCACCUAAAGCACCCCCUAGGACUAAGAAAAGAAAACCAAAACCAGUUGUGGAAGGUGCAGAGGGUGGAGUUGUUGAACCAAAAGAGAAAGUACACAGCCCGACUAGUGCCACAAUCCUACAUCUUACUAAAGACUUUGAGAACUCGUUAGAUUUAAGCAGUGCAACAAGUGGGGCCAUGAUGGUGGAGACAAAGGAUGAUGAUGCAGCAAAAGCAGAAAAGGCAGAGGAUGAAGACUCAGAAAAAGGCUCACUACGAUCUGAGGAUAUCGCCAAUACACGACCGCGCUCAAAUUCUGGCCGAUUUCUCACUGACACCGAGAUUUUAGAACAAGUUUCAGUCUUGAAUCUUGACACGGGUGAAAAGAUUCCGUUGAGUCUUGCGGAGGAUAAAUUACCACGUUGCAUGAAUCCCCUGUCAUUGCAUAUCAUGAGGAGAACUAAGGAGUAUUCCAGCGAUUCUAGUCUGCACAAAGAGGAACAGAGCGACGAUGAGGGUGACCAUAAAACUGGUACAUUGUCGACACAAGCUACUGCCAUCAAGAAGAAAGGGAUUCGUCUUGGGAAGUUCCUUGGGAAGAAGAUGGAGCACACGGUGGCCAAGAUUAAGCAUGCUGCUGAAGAAGUUCUUCAGAAGGAGGAAAGCGAGUCGGAUGAUGAAGAGAUUGAUGGGAAAAAACAAAUCAAGAUCAAGGCCUCAAGAUCAAAUAACGGCCCGUAUGAUUUCCUCAACUUGAAGCCCAUCCAGGACCUUGGUGGUGAACACACUGGUGCCGUGUGGACCAUGAAAUUCUCCCACUGUGGUCGUCUGCUUGCGUCCGGUGGCCAGGAUAACGUGCUGCGCGUCUGGGUCCUCAAGGAGUCGUGUGCCUACUUUGAUGAAAUGAGGCAAAAAUACAGUGAGACAAAGAUGUCGCCAGCCCCGUCCGAGAACAGCCUCAAUUCUGAAGAGCGAGAGCACAUGCCAGAAAUAUCAGCAGACGCAAUGUCCAGAUCGUCUGUUCAGACAGAAGUAGAAGGGGCUAGUGGUGUAAUGGAAGAGGAUGAAUACCGAAACGCUCCCUUCGCCCGGAAACCAUUUUGUUCAUAUCGCGGACACACAGCCGAUUUACUCGAUCUCUCCUGGUCUAAGAACUACUUCAUCCUCUCGUCAUCCAUGGACAAGACGGUGCGAUUGUGGCAUAUCUCCCGGCGCGAGUGUCUUUGUUGUUUCCAGCAUAUUGACUUUGUGACAGCUAUUGCUUUUCAUCCGAGGGAUGAUCGUUACUUCCUGAGUGGAUCUCUCGACGGCAAGAUAAGACUUUGGAACAUUCCAGACAAAAAGGUGGCGCUGUGGAACGAGGUGCAGGGCAACAGUAAACUCAUCACGGCGGCAAACUUCUGCCAGAACGGAAAGUUUGCCGUCGUUGGAACCUAUGAUGGUCGGGUCAUCUUUUACAAUACGGAGCAAAUGAAAUACUACACACAGAUCCACGCUCGCUCGACGAGAGGGAAGAAUGCGCGAGGUCGUAAGAUCACCGGGAUAGAGCCUCUGCCUGGACAGGACAAGGUGCUGGUCACCUCCAACGAUUCCAGACUGAGGCUGUAUGACCUUCGUGAUUUGACCUUGCAUUGUAAAUACAAAGGUUGUGCGAAUAACAGCAGUCAGAUCAAGGCCAGUUUCAGUUCAAAUGGAAAAUACAUCGUGUGCGGGUCAGAAGACAAGUUUGUUUACAUUUGGAAGACGCAUCAUGAAUUCACCAAGUUCUCAUCAGUGCGAAGAGACAGAAACGGAUACUGGGAGGGGGUCAGAGCUCACCUGGCCGUCGUAACGGUAGCAAUCUUCAGUCCAAAUCCAUCCCUCAUCAUAAAACGGCGCUCGGCGCCCGAAGUGGCUGACGAAGGAGAGAAAACGGAGAAAAAAGAUCACCCUGGCGAGGUUUUCGUCUCAGCAGACUUUUCUGGUGCUAUCAAAGUAUUCAAGAAUAAAUUCAAACCUCCUCCAGUCAAAAGCUAGUGGAAAGUUCAAGGUCAUUGAAAAUGUCAAGCUCAUGAAAAGCUCAUACUUUCAGUAAUAUCACUCUGGCUGCUACUUGUCAAGGCCACGUCACAGUGAAAACAGUCACUCAUUUGUGGCAUGGUCUACGAAAAAGGAGAUCAAUUUGUUCCUCACACAGCAGUCAAGCCAAACUCAUUCAGCCUGGUCAACUGUAAAAAGCAGCGUAUAGUUUUGAUCCCCUUCCUAAAUGUGUAGCUAGAGAGGUGUCCUCCAACCAGAAUUUUGUGUUUUUGUGAGAACCAUUGUCCUAGAUGUUAUUUGGGUUGCUUCGCUUUCUACAGCGUUCUUUACGACAAUCUUGUUACGUCAUGCACUACACUGUGACUUCAUGAGACUGGUUUUUCCGUCGUCCGAGCGUAUGUAAUCACACACUGGUCCACAACAUCAAGCCAUCGAGGUGGACCACCUUAUAAUUUUGGUUAUCGUUUAUUUUUUUGGAAUGCAGAACGUCGCUAUCUAAAUGUUAUAAAACUUGUCCCAGUUUUUUCAAAAAUUACUGCUGAAUUAUUUCGACCGUUGGAGAACACUUGUAGUUUUAUUGAAAUUCCGUCGCUAGUUGGUAGCUAGGCAAUAGGUCGUGGUGGUGAGUUAGAUCAAUGCUUAUCAGUUUGGAGUCUUAAUGAUCGAUGUAGCUUGCUUAUGUCACAUGUUGAACACCAAUGUCAGGAGAUUGAGGUAAGGCUGACUAAACUCUUCUUGCUAAAGGAGUCAGACCGGAGAUCAGACUCUGGCCCACAAUAUCUAUGUGCAGACUUCAUACUCAAGAUUGUAGUGAUAUAAUCCAUUACAAAGCUGGCGUUGACAAUUCCAAAGUCAUGACAGUUCCUGACUGAGUUUACAGUACCAACUUCCGAACAGGCUCUGCACGUACAUGAGAUACUGUGGACAUUUGACGUCUGCCACGUUUACAAGAGCUCUCUGAUCAUGUAAAGAAAGAAACAUUUCCUAAGCCUCAUUCCCUGCUGUCAGUGGCUAAAUGCAAUGUCCACAGUAUUUCUCACAAUCAACAAUGUGAGGGUGUGUCCUCUUCUUUAAUUUCGAAAUAUGUGGUAUAUUUCGCACAAACAUGUUGUCCGAUUAUAUGUGUAUAUUGAAUGUGUUGGGUUGCUUUGUGCCAAAUGUUUCAGUGUUGGAAAGUACGGUUCAGGGUUAUUUGUAGUGAGAAGUGCAUGACGCUGUCGGAGGUAUCAGCCGAUUCUUCUCAUGGGCCGGACGUCUUGGAAAGAAAAUUACCACUCUCAUGAGUCAGUUUGACUCUUGUAGGUCUUAGUAUAAUUACUGUAAAUUCAACCAGGAGCCAUCACCAUCACAAUUUUGUGGCUGCUCUGUAUUAACAUGUCAUAAUGUGACUCUGCCAGUUUGAAUUUGUGAUGGCUCCUGACUGCUUUUACUGUGUAAUUCAUGCCACAGGCUUGGCUCGUUCAUUCUUGUAGGGAGUAAACUUUUAAUGCAUUCGUUUGUCAAACCUUAAACCAUUGUGCCAUUGUCUUAUUUUUGACAGUCUAGUCAUAGGUAAAGUUUGCAUGAAAUAGAUAGCAUAAUUUAAAAUUAAUCAAGUUGCAAGUCGACAAUUUCUAAAUCAUUCCAUUUUCAUUACUCUUAGUUAAUAAAACCAGAGGUUGUGUUUCUUAAGUGGAAAAGCUUGUCAUUGGUAGCUUUCUUUCCAAGACAUAGAAAGUUCAACUGAUGGAUGCAAUGUUUUGUAAUUUGUUUUGUGUGAAAUACAGUGUCCAGGGUGGUAAUCCUUUAGGCUCUCUCACCAUCUCAGCCGGUGUACAAUCCUCCCAUCCUCAAACACCAUUCCCUAGCCUACUGAUACAAGUGUCUGGGGUUGCAGUCCGUCAGGAAUCAUGCCUUUUGUCAGUAAUUUUCCUGCAAUUUUAUCUAAGGAUGCUCAGAACAUCAAUCGAAACACAUUGAGAGCCUUAACGUUUAACAGACUGGACAAGUAUCUACACUCGGUAUAUACUUUUGUCUGCUUAAACUUAUUUUAAAUGCAAAGCAAUGAAUUUGCCAAUAUCAGUCAUAUUGUUUUGGCAGUGUGUAACUUGUCACUGAUAAUUUCAUUGAGUACAGAACAGUCAUUAUGAAGAAUAA